UGUGAGAGGAGUGGAGCCGCAGCUCGGACCAGACGCGCCGCGGUAAUUGGCCGCGGACACGUUAACGGAAUAACCGGAUUAUGAGGGUUUGAGGAGGAGAAGUCGCCACAAUCCGGUGUCAUACAAGGCGAGGGAUUAAGUUCGGUCCUCCGGUCGCCGCUAUGGGGAUCGACCGGCGGCGGAGAGCGUCGCUGGCUCUCACCUUGAACUUCCUGUCCCUGUUCCUGGCCGUGUCCGCGCUCACCACCAGCUACUGGUGCGAGGGGACGCGGAAGGUGGUGAAGCCGUUCUGCACCGGGCCGGGCACCACCAGACAGUCCUUCUGCAUCCGGUUCAACAGCUCCAACAUCAACGACACGCGGCUGGUGCAGUACAUCUGGGAGACCGGGGAGGACAAGUACGUGAUGAGGAAGUUUCACACCGGGAUCUGGUUCUCCUGCGAGCAGAACAUCAACAUGACCGGUGAGAAAUGCAGAAGUUUCCUUUAUGUUGCACCUUCGAAUGAAAGAGGAGUGCUGUGGCUGUGCAUCGUUGCAGAGUGCCUGUACAUCCUCCUGCUGGCCACCGGGGGCAUCCUCAUGUCCGUAGAGGUGUGUCACUUCGGCAACGUCAUCGACGGCCUCAAGCUCAACGCCUUCGCGGCGAUAUUCACCGUGCUCUCAGGGCUGCUGGGGAUGGUGGCCCACAUGAUGUUCACCACUGCCUUCCAGCUGACUGUGAGUCUGGGCCCGGAGGACUGGAAACCUCAGACCUGGGACUACAGCUGGUCUUACAUUCUGGCGUGGAGCUCCUUCACAGCCUGCAUGGCGUCCUCCGUCACCACCAUCAACCGCUACACCAAAACCAUCCUGGAGUUCAAGCACAAACGCAGAAACAUCGAGAAGAACCUGAAGAUCAAGCAGAAGCUGCUGGAGCUGGACUCUCCGGAGCAGGUCUGGGACAUGUACAUCAGCUCGGUGCCGAGCACCGCCGAGGAGCUGCUGGACCUGUCGUCCAACGGCCGCAAGCUCUCCAACACCUCCAUCUUCCUGGACCUCAACGACCUGCCCGACCCGCAGGGGGAGGAGUACUGCUAGAGGAGCGGCAGUGUGUCGUGAAUGUUCGGUCUGAUAAUGAUGGUUAAUUACUUUAAACAAAAGGAGACCACAGCUGAGAGAGAGAGAUUUUUAAAGCGGCAUUAAUCAGGUUUUUAGUCGUUUGGUGACAGAACUCCACAUUUGACAUUUUACCGUCUUAUCAAAAGUUGACAUAGCUAACGUGUUAGCUUUUUAAAACAGCUGCUUAUUUAAAGAGUUGAGCCUGUCUUUACAGAUUCAGGUUGUAUGUUCAAUUUAUUUUACAGUUUCAUCCUAAAGCUGCAUUAAAUAGAUUCUUGCAUCAUUCGAAGACACUGGAAAACACAUGUGACGUAUGAAGUUGAAGCUAAUGAAGCUAAUGUGUUAGCUAUUUAAAACAACUGCCCAUUUAAACAUUCAUCAGACUUUGAGCAACAUUAGCUUUCAUGUUACUGGUAACCUGACAGAUUUAAGUCCAACAAUUAUUCUCUCUUUUGGUGCACGCUAACCUGUGAGGAAAAUGUUUGGCUGUUUAGCCCCAAAGAGUGUAAAAAGAUAUAAUUAUUCAUAUUAUUUAUUUAUUUUCCUAUUUCAAAUCAAACCAUUCACACAUUAUUAAAGUUCAUGUUCAUUUCAUACAUUUCAAUUUCACCAUGUUGAAAUUACAACACUUUUUUUACACACAGGCCCUGAGGGGAACCUCAGUGUUUGGGACGUUUGGCUCCACAGGUGUUUGUGAUCACUCAGGUGCGUUCCAUCGCUUCGUCAGUGCAGGUGUAAGAUACCUGGGCUUGUUUCUUUGCAGUCUGUAGUUGCUGUUGUUCAACAUGAGGAUACGAGCUGUGCCAGUGUCUAUGAGUCACAGACAGUCAUUGCAUUCUGCUUUAAUAUACCCAUCACCGCUGUGUCCCAAACAUUAAGGUGCCCUGAGAUGAGACAGUGUUGGAAUUUCAACAUGGUGAAACCAAAAGUUAUACAAACAUAUUUAAAUCAAAGUCUGGAAUGUGAACUGAAAUCAUGUCUGAACGGUUUGACACUGUUUGUAAUUUAACUGGCUCCAUAAACUCUUCUGUUCCUGCCGUCCAAAUAAAUCUCCCAUGAACUCCCUCAUUCAGGUCAACCUUCUCCAACUCGGGCCCCACUUGAAAAUCUGACGUCGGCGGCCCACGUCCGACCUCGUAAACAAUACGUAGUAUGAUAACGAUCAAAUAUUCAAUUUGAAAUGAAAGCAGGGGAAACAUGUCGGAAGCUCAGUUUUUCUUUCUUUGUCCGUUCACUUUCUGUCUCUUUCCAUUUAACUGUUGCUCACAUCGGUCCUUCUCAUUCUCCAGUUUUUGCCCUGGAUGUGAUCGUUCAGCGCAAUCACACUGAGAUAGAAACAAGUAGAUGAUGUGGUCCGGCAGGACAACAUAAGCUUCUUUAUCACAGUGAUGGGGGGGGUUCUGUCAACAUUUUUUAUCUUUUUUAAAUAUUGUUUCAUUUUAAAGUUGUAUUUUUAUUUUUUUUAUUCCUUUUUUCACCAAAAUUCUUGUGUUCUGCAAAUGAUUUCUCGGCCCACUUGCAAUACCUGCGCGGCCCACCAGUGGGCCACAGCCCGCAGGUUGGGACCCACUGCUGUAAACUAUACUAAUGUCUCAGAACUGAUGUGUUGCCACAUGUGGCUCUGCAGCUGCGGUCACUCUUUACACCUCUGAGAGAUGCAGCUGUGGCGAGCUGGGUGAAGCUCUGUGGAGAGGAUGGUGUUACUGUAAGUGUUCGGACUGCACACACACACACACACACACACACACACACACACACACACACACACACACGGUCACACGGGUGGAGGACGCCUGCGGGGCCGCGCUGAGUGCCUUCACCUCCAAGCAGCAUGCUCCAGGUGAAACAAGCAUGUUCUUCACAUUCACCGAGCUGUUCCUCGGACUGAUCACCUGAUCUGUGCAAACUGCCAAACACCUGAGCGCGAGGAGCAGCUCUCUGUGUCGAUCUCUCCCUGAUGGCCAGGACUUUGAUGUUCAGUGGACUGUGUUGAUGGAGCUGGAAUGAAGUCGUUGUUAUAUAAAGUACUUUUAUGUGCAUUUCAAAAACAAUGUGUAUAAUAUUUGUGUAUUUAUUUAUUUGGUCAGUUUAAAUUCCCUGGCUCGGAUUGUUGUCUUUGUGUGUGUGUCAGAGUUUUUGUGUGAUGUCAUCAAUUGAAACGUAAUAUAUGAUUAAUAUGAAUAAAACUUUCUAUGAGAAGAUUUGAUUUAAAGGUAAAUGAGAAUCAUAUUAAAGAAACAUGUUUUUACUCUU